AUGGCGUCCAUUGUCGAUCCAUUGCCGAUCGCCAUCUGCAAGGAACUCGACAACGCGCGGCCAUUCAGGUUCUUCGACCUGCCUCGCGAGUUGCGCGACUGGUGCUACGACUACAUGAUCGGACCGACAGUGCAGCUGUCUACUCUGCGCGAGAUCUACGGGCUUGGUUAUGACUCUGGCGAAGAGUCAGAUAUUGAUUCUCGCGAAGAGUCAGAUACCAGAGAUCGUUCGGACUACCUGAUUGAGGAUGAAUGUGCUCUGAAACUGGCGAUCAGCGCGCCACCAGUCAUCAAUCUCUUGUGUGUCAGCCGCGAGAUGAAGAUGGAGUACGAGCAGCGURCUGCCAAACAAACCGAGCUGAUCGUGCAUGACCACGGGGUUAACGACGGCUUCCAGCCAUUCGAACCCGGCGCCAUUCAUGUCCCACACUUCAAGUGGGUCACGAAGAUGAAGUACUUUGGCGUAGUGCAUUGCAAAGACACGAUUGAUUGCGAGGUCGACACUCUGAACGCGGCGAGCUGGAUCCGCGCAACCAUCUCCAUGCUGGGCAGUUUGAAUGGCGUUCAAGUCAACUUGGCGCUCCAGUGUCUACAUCCGGACAACAAGUGCACAUGGCCUAGGACAACGCACAUUUCCAGCCUUCCGAAAGCUUUGAGGGAGAUGACAGAGGCUCAUCCCGUUACGCGGUUGCGGGUCUUUGGGUGUGGCGAUCAUAAGAUGUCGGAACUUCCGGAAGACUUCGGCGAGGAUAUGUUGUACGUGGAAUGGACCACGAAGGAUGGCUGGGUCGCUCCAAAGUCUGUUUGA